AUGAUGGUUGGAAUACUGUGCCUGCUGCUGCUGCUGAUUGCCUCUAUUGAAAGCGAAACCAUCAGCGUGGGCGAGCUCAAAAAUGUUGUGAAGCUGGAACGCGAACUGCUGCAUAAUUUGCGCAUAUAUGCCCAGGAGUUGGAGAACAGACUUCGCCUCAUCAAUGGUGCGAUUACCGAGUACGGUGAGAGCAUUCAGCAGCUCGAUGGACAUCCCGACUUGUAUCUGUCGAAUCCCCUCUUUGCUUUCCGGAUAUUAACGCACAUGCGCCAGCACUGGCCAGCGUGGCAGCUCUACAUGACGCAGCAGCCGGGCAGCGACCAGUUGGAGAUGCAGCAGCGACUGAUCUCGCUUCUGCCCACACGUGACGCCCACAAGGAGGCGGCACAGAGCCUUCAGUCCCUGUUUAAGUUCUACAACUAUGCACCCGCAAACUUUCUGUUGGAGAACAACAAACACUUGAGGCUGCGUUCGUUGGACUGCUACCACAUGGGCCGGGAGCUGUACGAGCAGCAGAGGUACCACGAUGCAGUCGAUUGGCUGGCUGCAGCCGCUGCGAAUUACAGCCCUACAUCUCCGCAUGAUGCGCUGCUGGGCGUGUCUCUGGGGCGGAUUUACGAAAUGCAGCUCAAGGUUUUCAAGAAACUCAAUAUGCGAGUGGAGGCACUCGUCGUGCUCUCACGCGCUCUGGAGCUGCAGCCGGAGAACAAGCUGCUGCUGAGCCAGCUAUACCAGCUGGAGCAGCAGGAGUCAGUGCAUCCAUUGCCAGCGUCUGCGGAUCCGCUCAGCGAGCUGCAGAAGCAAUGCAGGGGCAACUACAAGCAGAACUCGUAUUUGGUCUGUGAGUUGAAUGACGCCCUGACGCCCUUCCUGCAACUAGCUCCAUUGCGUCUGGAGGAGGCGUGGGACGAGCCCUACGUGAUCAUCUACAAGGAUGGCAUAUAUGAGCGCGAGAUAGGCCACAUGAAGGAUGCCUUCGAGCAUUGUCCCCCAAGUGCCCGACUGCGGACAAUCGCUGGCGUCAAGGGCUGCACCAUCUCAGAUAGAUAUAGUGUGAUCACAACCUUGCUCACGGAUCGGAUUGUUGACAUGACGGGUCUCAACAUGCACAAGAACCAAAUGUUUCUCUUUGAGUACGGUCCGCGGGAACCGUUCCAGCUACAAGACCUUUACCAGUCCAUCGAUGUCAAUGUGGAGGCUAUUGAGACUACAGCCAUCCUGUUUCUCAACGACAUGGCGCUGGGCGGUGGGAUUACCAUUUCCAACCAAGAAAUGGCCGUCUUUCCGCGUCGAGGCGAUGCUUUAAUUCUCCAGAACGAAGAGGACUUCCAGUACACCGUGUGCCCCAAUGUGGUGGGCAAUCGACUGGUGCUCAUCAAGUUUCUGAUGGCCAAUGAGUGAACUCUUCCCAGUUCACUGGAAAUCAAAUAUUCACAAGUGUUCAGCUUUCGAUAAUAAAAAACUUAAAUCCCUAUAAUUAGCCAAGA